AUGGGAGUCGUCGGCUUGUGGCAGCUGUUGGAUCCAACGGGGAAACCAAUUAGAUUGGAGACACUCGAAGGAAAAGUUCUUGCCAUCGAUAUCAGCAUUUGGUUGAACCAGCUCAUCAAGGGAUACCGCACGUCCGGUGGCGCGGGUGUCGACAAUGCUCAUCUAGUGGGUCUCUUCCAGAGAGUUUGCAAAUUGCUCCACUACAAAAUCAAGCCCGUAUUCGUUUUCGACGGUGAAGCUCCCGCGCUAAAAUAUCAAACCCUUGCUUCGAGGAAACGCCGUCGUGAAGAUGGGAACGAAGCCAUCCGUAAAGCUACGCAGAGAAUGCUCCAUACCUACGUCGAGCAGAAACUACUCGGCGAAGCCAAUCCAAAACUGCCGAAACUCAAACCAUCGCGACGAGAUCAAGAGAACGAGAGCUUGUUCAAGCUCCCACCAGGAUCGAUGCUCAUCAAAGAUGAAUCUGACGAUUCUAUGUCAGACGUCGACGUUUCCUACAAUGCCGACCUCGCCAACAUCAAAGUGGAUUCCGAAGAGUUCAAAACCUUGCCAUCCGAACUUCAGCAUGAAUUCUUGGUCGCCCUGAAGGAACAAGCAAAGAGAGGAUCUCGGCCGGUCGAUGAAUUACCCGUCGAUCGGGAUGAUUUUUCAAGUUUUCAAAUGGACCAAAUACUUAAGAAAAAUAGACUGCAGCUGAGGAUCCAAGAGGUGCGGAAGGAAAUGAAUGACGGACUCCUCCGGAUGGCCUCGGACGCCGACGUGCAAUUGUUACUGAAAAUCACACCAGCCAAAUACGAUUUCGAGAAGCGAGAGCCGAAAGCAGAAAACGGAGACGACGACGAAGAGUCUCCGGUGAAGAAACCGAAGUUAGAACCUACUCAAUCCGAAGACGCGAAGAUCGUCGAACGAGACGAGGGCAAACGCGUAGAGAAUUUCCUCGUGUCACAGUGGCUGGAAGGUGCUCAGCGAGGAGAGGAGACCAACGAAACACUCAAGAAAGCGGUGGAGCUCGUCCACGACGAGCCCGGGAUGAUAACCGAUUCCGAGGCGAGCUCCGAUGAAGAACGGCCGAAUAACGUUCGCAAGAGACUGCCCUCAACAGGUGGCAAAGUUAGCGCAGAAGAAGCCAUGCGUCAGCUCGAGCCUAGUAGUCCCGCUGGCGGAGCCAUGGGCCAAACGAAGGACGACAGUCUCGCGAGCGACGGCUUGUCGCUCGACGUAGGUCACGGCAGCAUAGUGAGCGCAAGUACGACGAGAGUUAUGCAGCCCGACGAACGAUUCGACGAGGGCUCGGAAACGAAGAAAACUUCCGAAGACGAUGACGCUCCAUGUCCUCCCGAAGGCCAGUUCGAGGACUCGGCGGACCAGAGCUGCAACACCGACGUACUGAACGCAGAUCUCGAAGUGUCGGAGACUGGCAACUCGGUGUUCAAAACGGAAGAAGCGGUCGAACGCUCGAAGAGUCUUGAGGAGGAAACGUCGGCUCAGAGCUCGGAGAGCUGCAAGUUGACCGAAGUAACCGGUACACCUGUUCUCAAAGAGGUCUCCUUCAUGGGAACGACGCAGAGCUCGCUCAAUUCGAACGACGACAUCGUCCUUCCACAGAACCUUAGUCGCUACGCCAGCAAGGAGCCGAGCAGGUGCAACUCGAAUUCCAUGGGCUUCGUGCCGGCCUCCGCCCCGUCCCUCACAGACAAUCCGACUGACUUCCAUCAGGCUCUCGAAAUAAUUAAGGAGCAAGAGAGAAGGCAGAGCGAAUGUCUUGAGGACAAGGAUGCUGCGAACCUGCAUUUGAUCAACGGCGAUUCCCCUAUACCGAUCGCCGAAAUAAAAUCCGAGCCGCUCAGCGACGAAGACGAAUAUUCUUCGGCGAGUCUUCCGGUGGACGCAGCCGUCAAGGAAGAAGAAGAAGACGACGACGACGAUGACGACGACGCCGAGAAGGCUGAGACGAAUAACAACAUCGACGUCAAAAGCAUCGGAAGUCAGAGCACCUCCAGACUCAACAACGGCGUCGACAGCAUGAAAGCUCGACCCGCAACGAGCACCAUGUCCACGGAACAGAUCGAAGCCAGGAGGGAACAACUCCAAGUCCAGAACACGGCUCUGCAGAACGAAAUCAACCGAAUCCAGCGGCAGACGAGCGAAAUCACGGCGUCCAUGGCCGAAGAUUGCGAGGAGCUGCUGAAAAUGUUCGGCAUACCCGUGGUCCGAGCCCCGCGAGAAGCCGAAGCCCAAUGCGCGGCCCUCGAACAAGCCGGACUCGUUCAGGGUGUAGUCACGGACGAUUCCGAUAUCUUUCUAUUCGGUGGAAACGUCGUGUACAAGAAUUUAUUUUCACAAGAUCAUCAGUGCGAAAUGUACGCUGCAAAAACAAUUGAAUCGAACCUCAAAUUGAGCCGAGAGGACCUGAUCGGUUUCGCAAUGCUGACCGGAAGUGAUUACACGAACGGCAUCGAGAACGUCGGUCCGGUCAUGGCAUGCGAGAUCAUCGCCGAGUUCCGGAGCGGGAAGAGCGUCCUCAAAACUCUGACCGAGUUCAAGAAGUGGUGGUCGCUCGCGCAGCGUGGGGCGGCCCUUCCGAAAAACUCGAUCCGCACGCGUUUCAUCAAACUCGUGCUCGACGACCGCUUUCCCAGCGAGGCUGUCCAUAGCGCCUACUGCCAUCCUACAGUCGAGCGAGUGAAAGAGAAGUUUUCGUGGUCGCGACCCAAUCUGGAUUUGCUCCGCGGUUUCACCGCGAAAAAAUUCAACUGGCCGCAAGACAAAACCGACGGCUACCUCUUACCGAUCCUGAAGAGGUACGAAGACAAAUCUUCUCAGUCUAGAAUCGAUCGUUUCCUCUUGCCACAGCCUCAGAAACGCGAGAAUUUAUUCCCAAGUAAACGCAUGAAAGCAGCCGUUAGCAAAUUGAAACUCCUUCCGGAGAGAGAAGCCAACUUGUCCGAAAGUAGUUCGGACAGCGAAUGAGUGAUUUUUGUUUCUGUUUGAGAGAUCGAACGCAAAAUCCACCGCGAAUGAACUGUGUCAUAGCCGCCCUCGUCUGUCGAUCUUCCAAAGGUUUCUGUUGGGAUGUAGGAUUCCGUCGCUCUCC